UACAAUGGCUGAAAAGCGAAAACUGUUAGCAGAAAUUGACAAAUGCUUCAAAAAGAUCGACGAAGGCGUCGAACUUUUCGAGGAGACGAUGGAAAAGAUGCACGAGGCGAACAGUGAUAAUCAGCGUGACAAAUAUCAAGAUGACCUGAAAAAAGAGAUCAAAAAGCUGCAGCGGCUCCGAGAUCAGGUCAAAAAUUGGCAGAAUGCUAGUGAAAUUAAGGAUAAGGACAAGCUGAACUCGUACCGAAAGCUCAUCGAGCAGCGAAUGGAACAAUUCAAGGAUGUUGAACGCGAGAAUAAGACGAAACCACAUAGUAAACUUGGACUAUCGGCCGAGGAGAAGCUUGAUCCGAAAGAAAAAGAAAAGGCCGAGACGAUGGACUGGAUUCAGCAUCAGAUUCGAUCGUUGAACGAGGAAGUCGAUCGGACGGAAAUGCAGCUUGAGUCGUUGAGCAAUACGGAUACGGGGAAGGGGAAACGCGGGAAGAAGGAGGAUGCGAAGACGAAGAAUGAACGGGAAAAGCGUGUCGAGGGGUUGAAGCAUCAUUUGGAGCGGAUUAAUUUUCAUAUUGAGAAGCUUGAAAUUUGCAUGCGAAUGAUCAGCAACGAGAGCCUAAACGCAAAAAUGGUGCUAGAAACGCUGAAAGAGCCCAUCGAGACAUACGUAGAAAUGAUGAACGAAGAAGAUUCGGAAGAAGCGGACAAUUAUGAUCCCGAUGAUGCUUACGAUGAGCUUAAUCUUGAGAAGCUUUGCCAACAGAUUGGAGGAGUCAACGUGGCGUCAGUGGACGAUGAGCAUCGGGAGAACGGUCAUGAGCUCGGGAUUGACACGGCCGAGUCUGGAGCAGUGUCGGGCUCACGGCACACAAGUGGAGAGAAUGGACAACCGCCGAGCCCUGCUGGACGGCGGAUUGUUCCGUUGUCAAUGCCGUCGCCACACGCGGUUACGCCGGAACUUAAGCGGCUGGCUAGUAAAGAUUCGAAUGUGGAUAGGCCUAGAACACCGCCUGUCACGCCUGCAUCCGCAGCCCCACCACCACCCGGGAUACCGUACAAUUCAGUGGCAGCCGGUCGAAGUACAACUACACCCGUCCCAUCAACUCCGAUUUCGGCAAACUCACCGGCCCCGUCACUGGCUCAGGCGGCUCCUAUCGCCGCUGCUUCACCAGUUUUUCCGCCGGCUGCAGCAGCCGCUAGUAAACCAGUGUUGGCUCAAUCUGUUAGCGAGAUGCCUCAAAAGAAGGAAAGUAUCACCUCAACGACGUCUCGUGGAUCUGCAGCAGCACCUGCCACCACCACAACCACCACCACCACUACAACAUCGUCAGAACCAGCUGAAGUUCCCCUAGUUGUGCAGCAAACCGUCUCGGAGACGUUUGUCAAUGGAGUGGAUUCUCCGGCCGCGGCGACUCGGUUGACGCAACAGGAGCGCCAGCAGCAGCUCCAGCAGCAGCAUCAUCAUCAGUCAACAAUCAUUCCAACCACCCCCACCACGACUACUACAUCAUCAUCAAUGUUGGGUGGAAUGAUGUCAACUGACGAUCCGGCGGCGGCACUGCAAGCUGCACUCAAUAUGGCUGCUGCUUCUCAACAGGCUGUCGCCACCGGACCAAAACGAGCUCAUAUCCCGGCGUGGUUGGGCGCUUCACCACUCGGACGUACCUCGAUGACACAGGAGUUUGACGGACAGCUUGCCGCAUUGGAGUUGGCGUGUGCUAAGGCAACGUUCCCGUUGGAUAGUGAGAAGCCGAGGAACUACUUAUCGAAGGUCUCGUUCCCGGUGCCAAGUUGGUAUGGACAGACCGCACCAAACACAUCGGACAGCUUGGAAUACUAUCUCCGCUUGGCUCCUGACACGUUAUUCUUCAUUUUCUACUAUAUGGAAGGAACACGUGCCCAGCUGCUGGCGGCAAAGGCUCUCAAAAAGCUCUCGUGGCGUUUUCACACGAAAUAUUUGACAUGGUUCCAGCGACACGAGGAGCCGAAACAGAUUACGGACGAUUAUGAGCAGGGAACAUACGUGUACUUUGAUUUCGAAAAAUGGUCUCAACGCAAGAAGGAAUCGUUCACUUUUGAGUACAAAUUCCUCGAGGACAAGGAAUUCGACUGAUUCCUUCUUUUUCAUCUUUUUCCUCUUUUUCUCUGCGUCUAUCUCUCUAUCUCUCUCUCACUUUCCAAAAAUCUCCCUUCUCCACAAGCCCCGCCCAUUUAUUGGUUUCCCCGUCGCCCCCCUUUUGAACUACCGUAAUCCUCUUCUUUCAUAGAUUUUGGUUUGGUUUUAAUAUCGUUUUUUAAUGUAUUCGAGUAAGUAUAAUAGAUUUGUCUCUAUCUGCAGAUGUGCAGAUUCUAUAGGAUUACUGUACACUGGGUUACGGUAGCAUCGCCCCCCCCCCCCCCCCUCAUUUACCAUUCUUUCUGUGUGCGGGUACCCCUUGUAAUGUUCCCCAGAGAGAUUGGAUGUUUUUUUUUAAAGUAAUCAUUUGUGUUUUUCUUUGUUUUGUUAUUUAAUUAUACCCAUUCCCCUUAUUAUUUUAUUCCUCUUAUUAUUCCCUUAAAAAUACCUCUUC